CUCUAUUACCCUCUUAACAAUUCUAGUACAUUUUAAAUUGUCAAAACCCCAAUUUUAUGGACUCUUCAACUCUAUCUCUAUCACUGUCAUUGUCACAUAAGAAAUAAAAAGUUCAAAGCAAUGGUCUCCGAAGAUGAGAAAUGGGUCCAAUUCUAUUCCUCAAAUCAUCAAAUACUGUUAGUGGGUGAUGGAGACUUCUCAUUUUCUUCGAGUUUGGCUCGUUCUUUUGGCUCUGCUUCUAAUAUUGUUGCUACUUCACUAGACACCUAUGAUGUUGUAGUUAAGAAGUACAAGGAAGCAAAAUCGAACUUGGAAACUUUGAUAAACUUGGGAGCAUCCCCUAUACAUGGUGUGAAUGCAACUAUGCUGAAGACUUAUCGUAAACUUAGAAAUCGGAAAUUCGAUCGCAUUGUUUUCAACUUUCCUCAUGCUGGUUUUGGGGCAAGGGAAGAUGACAGCAGUGCAAUUCACAAGCAUAGGAGGCUUGUACAUGGAUUUUUUUGGAGUGCAAGAAACAUGCUUCAGCCUAAUGGUGAAAUUCAUGUAAACCACAAAACGACACCACCAUUUUCCCUCUGGAACCUAGAGGAACUAGCAAGUUGGAACUCAUUAGCUUUGAUUGAAUGUGUGGAGUUCAACAUUAAAAAUUACCCUGGUUAUAAGAAUAAAAGAGGAGAUGGUGCCAGAUGUGAUAAACCUUUCCAUUUAGGUAAGUGCAGUACCUAUAAAUUUCGACUUUUUAUUACACCCAUCAUGCCUGGAACAACUUCACACUUUGCUCCAAUGUGUAGAAGAUUUGAGCAAUCACAAAUACCAAGCCUAUCGACUUUAUUUGAUUUCAAUAGACCUGAAAUGGCUGCUGUUGCAAUGUUCAAUCAAAACUUUCACCAACAACUUCAGAGGUUUCCCUAUCCUCCAUAUGAUCAUGGGAGGGAUUAUCUUGGAACGUUUACUCGGAAACUUGAAUAUACUGGAUCAAUUCAGGGACUAAAUCAUCAUGGUAUGGUCUCUUGUGUCAAUGAUUUGAAACAUAAAAGAAAAGCGGAUCAUGACAUUCAUAUAGUGGUCGAAUCUAAUAAAAGAACUUGUUAUGAUAUGGGACCUUUCAAUGAAGUUGGACAUACAUCCAACAACACAACUGCCAUGCUUCCUGGAAGAAUCACAAAUUAUUGUAUUGAUAUGCAUAGAUAUCAUGAAUGUGAUCAUAGAGCACAAAUGCCUCUUGGAAGAACCUUCAACAACUUGCAUGUUUUCUCCGACUUUAAUCGAAGAACCUGUCUUGAUCCGAGCUUUCCUGUCAAUGAACGGAUACUUAGUUUUAAUAGAGACAUGGCGACAGUGUUUGGUGGAAGAACCUUGAACCAUGGCAAUCAUUUCUUGCCCGGUUGUGAAUAUAGUGGUGUUGAGCGUCGGAGGUUGGUACGGGAUUUCGGCAACUGAAUCUUUCUCGAUGUUAUCAUUGAGAAUAGCCGUGAUGAUUUUUUUUGAUGUUUUGGACAGGGCUUUUUAAGCUGGGUUGCUGAUACAAUGUAUGAUACAGUGUUUUGCAAUGAUGGAUCAUUAUACAAGAUUAUGGUUAACUAGAAGUACAAUGGCUGGCUACAUACAGAUUAGGAAAAGGUCUGAUAUUAUGGAGACAAUUGUGAACUGAACAUUUGCUUAUAUACUAGUACUUUGCUUUUUAAAUUUAGAGAAACUAUAAUAGAUGUCGCCAAAUGAGGUUAUUACUAGUGAAAAUUAUAUGAAAUAUGGGAUUUUGUAAAAAUGUUACAAAAAUAUGAUAUUUAUAGGUUUGCCA